UGCAGACCGUUUAUACAAACAUUUGUGAAAGAAUGGGUUCGCUCUCAGGAGCUCAGUGAAUUUAAGCAUCGUACAGUGAUAGAUUGCCACUUGUGCAAUAAGUCCAUCCGUAAAAUUUCCUUGCUAGUAAAUAUUCUACAGUCAACUUUUAGUGGUAUUAUAACAAAGUGGAAGCAACUGGAACAACAGCAACUUAGCCACGAAGGGAACGGGGUCAGCAAAUGCUGAAACGCACAGUGCGCAGAAGUUGCCAACUGUCUGCACAAUCAAUAGCUAAAGACCUCCAACCUUUGUGUGGCCUUCAGAUUAGCACAACAACAGUGCGUAGAGAGCUCCAUGGCAUGUGUUUCCAUGGCCAA